AUGGUAUUCCUAUUCUUCGACGCUGAAUCCGAAUUUGUGGUUGAAAAGAUCCCUACACCCCUAGAGUUCACUCCAGACCCAGAAACUACCCCUAGGGAGGGUAGCGGCGAUGGUGUAGUGGUAGAUGCUACAUCAAAUACAUGGGAAUACCAUGCUACAGCAUCUGGCAUCGAAAAUUCAAUUUUCACCACUCUUAGGCUUUUAAGCUUAAUGACUCAUUCGAUCCUUCAUCACUACUCUGUCUGUAACUUGGACCAUACUCCCACUCCCAGGACUCCCCAGACACUUCUUGAAUCUCAGGCACCGGGAACUGAUCACUAUAAUGAUGAGCAUAAGCAGGGUACUGCUGGUAUUGAGGCACAUCAGUGUACUGCUGCUUAUCGUAACCUCCUUUUAGAAAGCUUUACACUUACCCAGGAAACUGUAGUAAACCAGGUUCUUGCAUUUCUCCCGAAGAGGACCUUGAUACAUCAGCUAGAUGUUGGUUUUGAACAACAUGUACAAGAACGUGUCUCUGCCGCAACAGGGUUGAGCCUGUCUUCCAUAAGGCGUGUAAAAAAAGAAGCGCAAAAUAUAAAAGAGCAUGUGACAGUUUCAUUCCCAAAACCAAAGAGAACAAACAUCAAAACUAAGGUGGCUCUCGAUGGUUUUGACCAAGGGCUGUUACGGAGAACGAUCAUCAACUACCUUAUAACAGAGAAGCGCAUACCUACCUUGCACUGUAUAUACAGAAAAAUGCGCGAUGUUGUCAAUUACAAAGGGUGUAAAGAAACACUACGCAAGGAAAUACACAAAUUGGCGAAAUAUAGAAAAGAAGGUCGCCCACAAGAGCCCGCUGUUGUUAGAGUUAUAGACGAAGUUGUUAUCGAUUUAAAUGAAGUUGACAGCGAUAGCGACUUUCUCGAGACCGAAACUGAAGAUGAAGAUGCCGAAGAACGGAGCGAUUAA